AAGUUGAUUGACUACAACUUGGACCAAGUUAAAAAUGCGUUAAAAAAUUCAUGUAAAAGGGUUCUGUAUAAAUACGCGACACGGCCCUGCCUAGAAAAUUCCAUGUAAGGACCCACUUGGUGCGGCCCUGACUCGAGCCGCCUACGCCGCUCUAGUAGUAGGGAUGGCCGCCAUCUUGGGCCACCAUCUUCAAAAUUUUAGUAUAAAUGUGGAAGCACAACGCUCGGAGCUUCAAUUCGAAGCCAGCUCCCGACCUGCUAACACCUAGUCCUAGUUGAGUCCUUGUAACUUUACCAGAAAAUAUACUUGAAUAUUUUACCACUUUUUAACCUUACUAACUUCCAUUCUUGUCGAAUAUUACGUAACGAACCUUGGACAGACUGGUGCGUACCCACGCACGGUAUUGACAAGGCUAGUAGUGGAUGCUCCAUGGUGCGAACCUCCGCACGGGGAAUCCUCUUGUAAUAACGACUUUUUCCACGCACAACCUCCAAAUUUUCAAUGCCCAGCAGAACCCGGCGAGCUGGAAGGAAGUACCAAUUGCGCAGACUUGCGUAUGAGUACAGACAUGCUCCCGCGACCGACAUCGGUCUCGGGAUAACGCCGUCCAGUUAUUUACAAGAAACUAUUGAAAGUGAACCUUUCAAGUUGACGUCGUUGAGUGAUGAGUACCCAGACCUGCCGCCUCGAGAUAUUCCUGAGGAAGAUCCACGCCGCUCCCUAGAGUCGAGGGACGAGUUCCUGGAUAAUUCUUACGGAGGCGCCAGUCCAACUUCGUCAACUAAGGAAAAACAAAUUUUCCACAAGAUGGUAAAACGCGGGCACCGUUCCGGGCGUCAACAUCGGGGACGUAUGGAGAAGUAUCUCCGCAGACUGCGGAAAGUGUUAGUUAUCGUUUUGAACGUCUUCGACCAAUUUCUGUUGGACACGACGGCAGCCCGUUCAGGAACGUUGCGACGCGAACUCAAUAUUCAAGACCAGCCUGCGGCCAGCCGUAAUUUCUCGGUGUCCAGCGACUCUACACUCCAGCAUCGAGAAGCAUCGAUCUCUCGUAUUCCCCAAAUUAUAGAAGAAGACGAAGACACAUUGCCUUAUCCAGAUUGGCAAUCAGACGAUAAUAAUGCGUCUAAAACAUCUACGUCCACUAACGUGGAUUAAGUAGAUUCGAGAAUUAUAAUCCAGGAGAUUCUGAUGAGUUAACAUCUACUACUUCAGAAUAAAACUUUGUGCCCUCAUCUAAGUCUAGAUUAAUUUCAAAUAAGUUCCUGACCACCUGCCCUAUCCAACCGACUCCAGGGGU